GAUCCGUCGCACGAAACACAUAUUAUAUCGCGGUUUAUAAUUUAACUCUUUAGUUUGUGUAUUGUAGAGAAUGGACUAUUUCAAAAUUAAUAAAUAUAUAUUCUGUUUAAUUAAUAUUGUGGCUUAGUUGUGUGCAUUCUCUUGGAUAAUUUCCAUACCACGGAUAGCAGGUCAAUUUGUCUAUUCAACUACAACAAUAGCGUCAUUUCUUGAUCGGUUAACAUGUCGACUCCAUGCAGUUCGUACGCCGGCAGCAUCAACAACACGGACAUACCAAUCCUGUGCCUGAAUGAUGUUUCAGAUCCUUCCCAAAGAGGGGAUACACCACUAGACAUUUCGGUGGAAACCUCUGGCCUGGUAGCCUUGAGGCGUGAACAUUUCGAGGGGCUACUUUCAAAACAGCAAGCCCUAAUGAAAACAGUCGCAGAACAAAGUGAUACAAUCCGUUCGUUACGCCGUCAGGUCGACGCGGGUAAGGCAACACAGAGUCGAGACAAUACAUCGAGCGAUAUUACUGACUUAUAUCGCAAGCUGCUCGAUUCCGUACAAAGGGAGCGCGAAUUAUCUAACUCCCUAGUUGCAGCCCAGAAGGAGUUGGCCGAAUACAAGGUAGAGAACAAAUCAAUGAAGGCGGACCUUGAGUCGUACGAUUACGACUACAAAAGUCUAUCCAACGAUUAUACCGCGGUCGAAAUACUGAAUAAGAGAUUCAAAGAGCUCUUUUCCAAAAAGAUGUCGGAAGUCUUCCUUGCCCAGGCGGAACUACGGGAGCCGAGACUACGCCCGAAAGCAUCCGAGGGGUGCCUAAACUGCGGUCAACAGGGUCACAGUUUCAGAUUGUGCAAGCAGCCGUACACAGGGAAGUACUGCCAAAAGUGCGCCAUCGAAGGGUUUUCCACGGCAGACUGCCCAUGGCCCCAUUAUGCCAUGGUCAGAUACCAGGUUCCGGAAAGUAACCGAUGCAAGCAUUGCUGGAGACCGCGAAACUUUCCUGACGUCAAUUGUUACGAGUGUAGAAGACGUUUAAUCUCUUCUAACACCUUCGCGCGGAAUAAGACUGCCCAGGAAUUGGAGAGCAGACCAGUCCCAAAAGCUCAUAACAAUCCACAACCAUCCAGUAGCCAAGGUGCCAUAAAAAAACAGAAAGCGCUACCAGCUCCAUCCAAAGGACCUCUUUCUCUAGAAACCGCGGUUGUAAAACUGCCAGAUAAAUUGGAUGCUGUAACUGUCAGCGAAACGCUCAAGGCCGAGGUCCAUACUAAAGAGACCUCAGAGGAAUCCCCAAGGUCAGCCCUAUCCCCAUUCGACUCCGACAACGACAACGCGGAAUAUUGGGAAACACUCACCGAAGUGAUUCAUCUUGGGAUCAAGAAGGAAAAAAAAAAUGAUCUGUGAUCCGCGGUCUGUUCAUUCGUCGAACUCAAAAAAAAAAAAAACACUUUUCUAUAUUUUGUUUAAAAUUUUUCAAAUUUAUCUUCGCGCCGUUGCGCUGUUCAUUAUUUCAUUUCUAUAUGCUAAUUGUUAUAUUUCCGCGCCGUUGCGCUAUUCAAUUAUCUACCUCAAUGUUAGACACUAUAUUUCUGCGCCGUUGCGCUACGAAGAACCUUUUUCUAUUUUUAAUUUACUUUUUAUGUUUUGAAUAUUAUUGACAAACAGCUAAAAAAAAAAAAAA